AUGCUGACGGAGUCGUUCCCUCCAGCCCCAACCUGGACCGUGAAGGACGUGCCCGAGCUCAAGGGGAAGGUGAUCGUGGUCACAGGUGGCAACUCCGGUAUAGGGCUCGAGGUCGCGAAGGUUCUAGCAUCGCGCGACGCAAAGGUGUACAUUACAUCACGAGAUAUAGCGAAAGGGGAAGCCGCGCUUGCUGACGUAAAGCGUGAUACGGGGCGCGAGGCGUACCUGCUCCAGCUGGAUCUUUCUGAUCUCGAUUCCGUCGAAGUUUUCGUCGCAGAGUAUCUGCGGAUGGAGUCGCGUCUGGACAUUCUGUAUAACUCGGCUGGGGUCAUGAUACCGCCUAUCGACGCGCUUUCCAAGCAGGGAUACGAUCUGCAAUUUGCUACGAACGUUCUCGGUCACUACUACCUCACCAAGCUCCUGCUUCCUCUGCUCAUAACUUCUGCGAGGACCAGUCUUGACGGCAUCGUUCGCGUAAUCACAGUCUCCUCUGGUGCACACCACGGACACGACAUCUCUUAUGAAACGCUCCGGGACGGACCGGCACGACGAAAGAUGUCUCCGUCGUAUCUUUACGCACAAAGCAAGUUCGCCGAUGUUGUUUUUGCCAAGGAGCUCGCCACACGUUAUGGAGACAGAGGGGUGGUUUCCAUAUCCCUCAAUCCGGGAAACAUAAAGACUCCUCUGCAGCGUCAAAUAACCGGAUUCAUAAAGUCGACCGUAGAUUGGAUGUUGCAUCCGGUGGUGCCGAACGGAAUCGUGACGCAUCUUUGGGCAGGGACUGCUCCGGAGACAGCGCAGUACAACGGUCUUUAUUGCAUCCCAUGGGCUCGUCUUGGCAAGCCUCGAAGGGACACUCAAGACCCGCAAGUUGGACAGCAACUUUGGCAAUGGUUGGAUGACCAAGUGGUGGGCCGCUCUACCAUAUGA